UGAGAGUAGAGAAUAGAGUCAUGCACUGAGAAUUCCUUUAUGUCAUCUGUUGUUUUAGCCACCUUCAAUGUAUAUAUUUGGUUCUCACAACGCUUUCAUCUCCAUUUCCCUGGCGAGGGGACAGGCAGAGGUGACUUGCUCACAUCACCCAGCUACUGUGUGGCAAAAAUCAGGAUCUGAACGCAGGAAACUGAACUUCAGAAUUUGUGGGACUGGGGGGGGGGGUCCUGUUAGUUUGCAGAAGAAGCGCAGAGCCUUUGCGAAAGGUCCCGGGCACAAAUUCUAAACAGUUUUGAAAGAUUUGAAGACUGCUAGCUGGUUUAUGAGGAUUUCUAGAAGGAUCCAGGAAUUGGUGGCCUCGCUCGCGCUCUUAUCUGUGCCCCCAGUCCCGUAGUAACCCCAUCCCUGCCCCUCUGCGUCCCUCUUCCCUCCGGUCUCCCUGCUGACUCACUCGGCCUCUGCCUACCAUGCCCCAGCCAUGGCCCUGGUCCUGCAGCUGCUGCUUCUGUUGCUCUCAAGGGUCCAGGGCGAUCCCCAGGUUAUUCUGAAGGGCAGCCCUGGGGACAGGGUGAAUCUCUCCUGCAUAGGGGUCUCAGACCCCACCCGCUGGGCUUGGGCGCCUAGUUUUCCGGCAUGCCAGGGCCUCUCUAAAGGGCGCCGUCGGAUCCUGUGGGCCUCCUCGAGCGGACCCCCAGCCGUGUUCGCGCACUUCUCCGGCCGCCUGCGUUCCCUGGACACUGGCAUCAAGCGGCUGGAGCUGGUGCUGAGCGCCGGGGACUCUGGCACCUUUUUCUGCAAAGGGCGCCAAGAGAAUGAGAGCCGCACAGUGCUUCAGGUGUUGGGGGACAAGGCAGACUGCAGGGCUUCGGGAUCUAAACACGGUUCCGGGUAUCCCAAGGUCCUGAUUGCUCUGUUGGUCCUUGGGCUGAUGCUGGGACUGGGUGCCUGGGGCUUGGUCUGGUGGCGGCGCAGGCGCUCGCCCCCGCCCCCGCCCCCGCUCCCGCCUCCGCCUCGACCACUCCCCACAUUUGCUUUGACCCUCCCUUCCCACUUAGCUCCAGUCACAAAUGCUGAGCCGCAGCCGCCGUUAGAACAGGAGUCCAAGAGCUCGGGCCACCUGGACCAGGAGCCGAGCCUGCACUACGCUGAUCUGGACCACUCUGUCCUCGGGGGGCACCGCCGGAUGUCCACGGUGGUUCCCGAGGAUGCCUCCACUGUCUAUGCGGUUGUAGUUUAAAGGGAAGUCCUUGCUCUCAAAGCCGGGGAAGGGGGGGGGGGCACCAUGGACAGAGGCACCGGUUAGCAGUCUGGAUACCUGGGCUGUCUCUGCAGCGGUUCUUUCUCAGCCACUACCAACUCCCUUAGAACACCCUUCCUUCUCCACCAAUGCCCUCUCUAUAGAUGGCCAAGCGGUCGUGAGUCUUAACUCCAAUGGAUACCGCGUCAGUUCCCCUUUCCAAACACGCAUUUUGAACUUAACCACCCGCCUCCUUUUCCUGCCUCGCUCCACUCCCCAGGCUCAUCGGCUGCAGCUGCUCAUCUGCUGUCUGUAAGGUUGCCAGUGAUGUCCUAGGCCCCAUGGUAACAUUCACGGACUUGGCCUUAGAUCACCCCUCUUUAAACCCUGGUUUACUUUGUUGCUAAAACCUUCCUUCUAGAA